CUUCGCCCCUGAACACCAUGGGCAAACUUCCUCCUCACCGUUCCAGCCUCCCAGCUGCUUGACCCGGUCUGCCAGGAUGGAUGACCCUCCACAGAGCAGAACACGGCGGAUAAUGAGCAUCCUUCCAGACAAGCACGCAGCGGACGAGGAUUGCAGGGAAGACGAGCGGCACUGACGCAGUGAUGCCUGUGUCCUCACCUUCAGCGGUGCUGCUUGGGAAGGAUGACAGCACCUUGAUGCAUUACUUUUAGGAUCCGCUCUGCAGCUACGUACGUUGGGGAAACGUGGAUCGCGCUUUUGUAUGAGAAGCACUCUGCUAUCACAUCAUUUUAGCAUCUCAUGCAUGCUGAUUUCACGAAUUCCUGUAAAAAGCUAAUUCGACGGUCGCAUGCAGUUUCACGACCCGAUAGUGAGUUGAACCGAAGUUUAACGUUUUCUCGAGAUCCCGGACGAUCACGGGCAAGUACUGCGUCUGAGUAUCAAAAUGUUUAAGCCAGGUGAACAAAAAGAUCUUGCCGCUCGUGAACAAGACGGCAGAUUUUGUCCACCAAAGCAUAGAAAAAGUAGAAUCUACCACCAGUGCAAUGGUGACCGCCUUGGAAGCUGACCUCAGCGGGGUGAGCCCCAGUCGCCCCCCGCCCGACCCGAACCACACCUCGGGGAUGGAGCACUUCUUCCAGUACUCCUACUCAGAGAGUGACCUUCUGUACACGGACUUCAAAAACCAGCCCGGCGAUCCCAUCCCUCUGCCCAAAGCCGUGUUAUAUUUGGUGAUGGCAGCUUUGGUGAUGGUCGCUGUGGCGUAUGCUAUCGUCGGACACCUCGUGAAGGAUCUGCUCCAUGACUUUGUUGAUUGGGUGUUUGGUGCCCGUCCAGUCGACACCAGCAGUAAGACUCAAAUAAACUGUAUCAGCAAUAGCAUGAAUGAAAUGAGUGAGUUGGGCGAGCUCACUCAGUUUGCGAACGCUAAGGAGCUUCAUCGCGGUCAAAGUGACUGUCUGGAUGCCGCUAAGGAUGAGGAGUUCAUAAUCACCAUAGACGAGACUUUACACCUACCUCAAGAUCCGUACUGUGGUACUUAAACCCAUCGCCAUUAAUGUGUAGUUUGGUUCUGCCUGUAGGGGGCGCGGCAGAAGACAGCCGGUGAUCUUGUAUGUGGAAAUACCAGCGAAACUGCAUGGCUCGUUAUAAGCUAACGUGACAUUAGCAUCACCGCCCGCUGAAGAGGUUUCACAGCCCAGGAAGACUCGUCUCAAAGCUGGAGGAAGAUGAGGCUGUUUGCAGCGUUUCAACAGACUGCGUCUGCCCUUUACCCAUGAAAAGUUACCAAAAAGUGUUGUGGUUAAAACACGGCGUUUUGUUAGAAGGCAUUAUUGAUAUACUGUGUCUGGAUACUCUGUAGCAAAAAAGCAUUUUUUUGGA